UUGAAAAGAUAUAAGAAAAUUCCAAUAUCUUGCUUCUCUCUUUCUCUCUCUCAUCUCUGGGAGACUUGGAUAAGAAUUAUUCAGUUCCUCGCCAAGAAGCAUCAAGAACGCGAAGUUGAAGAAGAUUUCGAGAUUACCCUCAAAACUGGAGGAAUCAGGAGAGAGAAACCCGUUCUGGGAUGGGCGUAGGAGCAAAAGCAGAGAGAUGAGAUGGUGCAGCAGCAGCACUACUGACUCCGAAGAUCAAAGAGCCGUCGCUUUAAUCUCAAUCUCCUCAUCUUCCAAAGACCAUAGAGAUGGGAAAUCCCAACAAACUCGUCUCAUAACCUGCCCUUCAUGCGGCCAUACCAUCCACCUUCCUGUUCCUGAUCAGGCGGGAAUUCAAGAUUUGCCAGGGCUGCCUGCUGGAGUAAAAUUUGAUCCUUCGGACCAAGAAAUCAUAGAGCAUUUAGAGGCCAAAGUUUCGUCGAAUGCCCAUAAUAAUAAGCUGCAUCCUCUAAUUGACGAAUUCAUUCCUACGCUCGAGGGCGAAAAUGGGAUUUGCUGCACCCACCCAGAGAAGCUACCAGGUGUAAGCAAAGAUGGCAUGAUCCGCCACUUCUUUCACCGGCCUUCGAAGGCGUACACAACCGGAACUAGGAAACGGAGAAAGGUUCUCACGGAAGCCGAUGGCGGCGAAACAAGGUGGCACAAAACAGGCAAGACGAGGCCGGUUGUUGCUGGCCGGGCGGUGAGAGGGUUCAAGAAGAUUCUGGUUCUCUACACCAACUAUGGCCGGCAAAGGAAGCCUGAGAAAACCAACUGGGUGAUGCACCAGUACCAUCUCGGCGACAAUGAGGAAGAAAAAGAUGGAGAAUUAGUGGUUUCCAAGGUGUUCUACCAAACGCAGCCUAGGCAGUGCAGCUCAUCAGGCCUUAAAGGCACUCCAAUUGAUGAUAAGAAAAGAUCAAGGAAUGAUAAUAAUAAUAAUAAUAGUAAUAAUAAUAAUAAUACUAAUAAUUUUGAUCAAACUGCAGCAGGGAACACAGCCUACGUCGAGUACUAUACUAAUCCUUCAUUGAACAUCUCCUAUCAUGACAUUGGAAGCCAAAGUAGAGUGAACUCAGCUCAACUCUUCCCCAAUCUGCAGGUUCUUCAAGGUGAUGGCUCUUCAUUCAUUCAUCUACUCUCCAAUGGGAGCAAAGGAAAGGUACUCGAAAGGAAAUAGAAACCACUGGAACGAUAGCCUCCUAGUGGUAUUAUAGGUAGGUUGACAGCCUAAUAAGUCCCACGAGCCCCAGCUGGCACUCUCCCGCUAGGUUCCAUAUAUAUGAUGUAAUCUUAAUUAAUCAAUUGAAAAAUACAGAAAUAAAAGGAAAUAAAAAAUGAUAAGGCAUGCAGGGCCUGGUUUAAUUUGUGGUGGAAGGUAACAGUUAAUAAAAAAAUAAGAUAAUAUUGUAGAGGAGGGGGGGAAAUAAGGUUGGUGCUUUGUUUAAGUUGUAACUGCAUAGCUAGCCAUGCAUUUUGUUUGGUGACGAUCGAGUUGAAUAUUAUUGUGGGCUUCAAGUCAUGAGACGCUGUUCUAUAGUUUUUAUACUAUAUAUUAUGCGUAGUAGUUUUUUUUUUUUUUUUUUUUCUGUAAGUGUAUAUUAUGAGUAGUUGGUAGGUAGCUUAUAGGGAAUUAAAGGAGGAUUAUAUAUAUAUAUAGAAGCGAGGUGGUGAAGACUUGCACCCAUUGAUGUACUCUAAAGACCUACAACAUUCUCUGAUAUGGUGGAAAUAUGUGUAAGAUCAA